CAACAGCAACGAAAACUACAGUUUUAGUUAAUGUUAUCGCGACCGUAACGUUUUAUAUGUAAACAUUCCGAAUCAUCUUGAAGGAAUAAUAUUUUGACACUUUUGUGAUUUUUUAAGCUAGCUUUCUUACCUGCACAUAUAAAAUGUUGGUUGCUGUUCAGUCAUCUGAAGGAACAAAACGUAUUGAAUGUAAUUCUUCUGAGAGUGUUGUCUCUUUUGUAAAUAAGGUUAAAAGUGCCUUUGACAUUGAGGCUACUCUAAGCUUCAUUUUAUACAAAGACAGAAGUCGGAAACAUCCUCUGAUAUCCACUGAUAAAAAACAGAUAUCUCAUUAUGGCAUAAAGCAUGGUGACACAUUAUAUUUAGUUCUUCAACAAGGAAGUGUAAAUAGUAAAGAGGAUUCAUCAUCAUCAUCUAAGUCACCAUCUAACGAUAGAAGAAAAAAUUCUUUAUUAGAUGUCAAUGAAGGAAUUUACACUAACCUUGUCGAAGAUACAGUAGAUACUUAUUUAUUUAAACAAAAUGGAAGCAUUGAGAGAGAGAGGGACCCUAAAUUGUGUCAUCAUGGUCCCAAUGCAAAAUGUGUACAUUGUUUCUCAGUAGAGCCUUAUAAUGAAGCCUAUUUACAAGAGCAGAAUAUUAAGCACAUGUCAUUUCACUCCUAUCUCCGCAAGUUGACUGCUGGUAUUGAUAAGGGUAAAUUUGCUGCCUUAGAAAACAUCAGCUGUAAAAUCAAGAGUGGAUGUAAAGAUCACUUACCGUGGCCUCAGGGCAUUUGUACAAAAUGCCAACCUAACGCUUUCACUUUAAAUCGACAGCCUUACAGACAUGUUGAUAAUAUUGUGUUUGAAAAUUCAUCAAUCGUGGAUAGAUUUUUGAACUACUGGCGCAUCACAAGCCAUCAACGAAUUGGAAUCUUGUAUGGCUAUUAUAAACCUCACAAAGAUGUACCCUUAGGCAUCCGAGCCAUCGUCACUGCCAUCUAUGAGCCACCUCAAGAUGGUUCUCGAGACAUGUUGAGGCUUCUACCAGACGAGAAAGCCGAAGUUAUUGAUAAAAUCGCUACACAGCUAGGAUUGCAAAAAGUCGGAUGGAUUUUUACAGAUUUGAUAGCCGAACAAAAUGGAACUGUGAAACAUAUUAGGAAUAUUAAUUCUCACUUUUUGUCUGCUCAAGAGUGUAUAAUGGCUGGCCAUUUUCAGAACUUAAAUCCGAAUCCUUGCAAGUUAUCUCCCGAGGGGUAUUUCGGUUCUAAGUUUGUAACUGUUUGUAUAACAGGUGAUUCAAACAACCAAAUCCACAUGGAAGGUUACCAAGUGUCCAACCAGUGUAUGGCACUGGUGAAAGAUAACUGCCUUUUGCCCACCUUGGAUGCUCCAGAAUUAGGAUAUGUUCGAGAAUCCAGCAACGAGCAAUACGUCCCAGAUGUUUUUUACAAGAUGAAAGAUUCGUAUGGGAAUGAAAUCACUCAAUUAGCACGGCCACUUCCCAUUGAGUACCUGUUAGUCGAUGUUCCAGUCUCCUCUCCCAGUGAACCUCAAUACACUUUCUUUGUAGAUCCCUCAAUUAAAGAAUUCCCCGUUGAAAACCGCAUGAUAGAAAGCCACGUGCAGGAUUUCAAUCAACUCUUCAAAUAUUUAAGGCAGUUUAAGCCAGAUCAAUUUCUUGAAGCUAUGUCAGAUUUUCACCUGCUGGGUUACAUUGCAACAAUGGAGGUUUUACCUCUUAAGGAUGAUCUGGGUGAUCUAUUGAUAGCUAUAAAAACUAAAGAUAAGGAAAAAGCCAAUGAAUGGUCUAAGCGUGUGCCCUGGGCAACGGCCGAACAGCUACUGGACAGCCAAGGUUCGGAAAACUCUUACAGUCCGAUGGAAACGCCCACGUCGGCGGCCAACGCUGACAGUUCGUUAUGGAUCUGUCGUUUCUGUACUUUCCUCAACCAACCUCAGGCCACAGCUUGCGAGAUGUGCAGUCUCCCACAGUGAUAUUACAUAAUAUAUUUGUAUAAAUAUUUCACACACAGUUUGUAAAAUAAUAACUAUAGAGACUUAUCAGUGCCUCUCUCUUUAACUGGCAGUCUGGGAGGGUUUAUUAUUUAAUUGUUUUCCACAAACUCUUCCUUUUUCUGUGUGGUGUUCCCUUUGUUUACUCUAAAAGAAGAAAAAAAAGUGAGAUAAUUAUGUUGUGUCAAGAAGCAUUGUGGAUUAAGUCAGAGCAAGCAAGAAUUAUUACUGUUUUGGAAGUUAUUACUUUUAUACUUAAAUUCAGUCCAUGGAAAGAAUUUUACUGUUUCAUUUCAAAAUAAAAUUUUGAAUAGUUUUUUUCGCGUUGUAUAAAAAUAAAACUUUUUUAAACAUGCA